AAAAAGAAUAGAAUAAAAGAAAUGUCACAUCAAGAGGAAAAAUCAAUUCUACUAGUUUUGAGGAAGGAAGAAUUCAUCUCCAAAAACAUAUGACACAUUCAGACAUCUCCAAAAACAAAAUUUUUCCUUUGGAAGGCCAUGAGGGGUGCGUUACCUACGGGAGAUAAUUUGAGCCAGCGUAGAAUCUACACGGAUGCCAAGUGCCCGUUCUGUGGUGAGGAAGAAACAACCUUUCACCUCCUCUACAAAUGCUCCUUCGCCGCAGAGAUCUGGGAAAAAGCUCCUUUCAAAGCUAGUCUCGUCCCAGAACAAAUUACCUCUAUCAGAGAUCUCAUCGAAAGAGCCAAGAAUCUGAUCUGCCUUCCACCUUGUGAUAUUGGAGGAGGACCUUUAUUCCCGUGGAUACUGUGGUCUAUUUGGCUAGCUCGAAACCAUCGCAUCUUCAAAGAUAAACAAUCCUCGCCGAGAGAAACUUUAUCACAAGCCAUCGCCCUAGCCCGUGAAUGGAACUAUGCGCAAACCCAUCCGCCAACUCAAAAUCAGAAGCUCUCCACCCCUGGAACAAAACCCACUUCCCCAACCGACUCUGAAACAACCGUGUGCCAUACGGACUCCGCUUGGAAUGCAAAUCAAAAAGUUGCUGGUUUUGGCUGGGUAUUUAGCAAUUGCAGAGAGGAUUUUCUUCGAGAGGGAUCUGAAUGCUUGACUAAUAUUCGCUCACCGUUACUCGCCGAAGCAAUCGCUAUUCACCAGGCGCUGCUCCAUGCGUAUGAGAUGGGCAUCACAAAUCUCUCAAUCACUUCAGACUCAAAACAAUUGAUCGAAGCAAUACUCUCGGAGACUCCGCACAAGGAUCUCCACGGGAUUCUCCACGAUAUCCUGAUUCUAUCAUCUACUUUCCAGAAAAUUCGCUUCUCUUUCGUCUCUAGAAAUGUUAAUCGACAAUCUGAUGCUCUUGCAAAGCGUUCUUUGUUAAACAUUGUACCGAGGCCGGUUAUCGCCUUUUAAUUAAUGAAAUUCCAUCUUUUGACCAAAAAGAAAAAAAAAAAAGAAUUCCUCUCCUUUCAUCUGA